CAGGUUAAGCUGGCAUUUCACCCAACAUUUUAGUAUCAACGAGAUAAGAAAUGAUUCAAUGAAAAUGGACUACUGUGUCAAAUGUGUAAUCCUUCUUGUUGGUAUUGUCGGCGCCGUUGAAAGUUUAGAUUCAUGCCCGGUGUCAUGGACCCAAUACGGAAACAAGUGUUACUAUUUCAGUAAUAUCGCGUCGACAUCGGAGUUAGCUUUGAGUGCCUGUUUGGGAUUUGGAGCAAAGCUGGCAGAACCAAUGACAAGACAGGAAAUCGCCUUUCUUGGCCAACAAGUAAAUAAAAUCAAUAAUGGAUAUUUCUACAUCGGAGUUGAUGAUCGUGUAAAGGAGGGCAGCUGGGUUUAUUCUUACGAUCAAACACAGGUCCUGGUCAGCGACUGGGGGACGUCAGAGCCCAACAAUGUAACCACCGAAAACUGUGUGGUCAUCGCCGAGAAGCCGGAGAAUCGCGGACACUGGGCAGAUGUGGACUGUCGGAGACAAGAACACUUCAUCUGUCAGAAAGGACCUUGUCCCCUGGGUUGGAUAGAACACAAUGGAAACUGUUAUUUUUUCAGCGAGACUGUGGCCAAUUUCACUACAGCAGAGGCUAUUUGCAAGUCCCUGGAAAGUGCACUCGCAGAGCCCAUUUCAGUGGAGAAUAAUGCUUUCCUAGGAAACCAUAUAAACAGCAUUGGAAAUGGUUAUUUCUACAUCGGAGUUCAAGAGUUUCCUCAACAACACUCUUGGGUUUACAUUUCAUCACGGGAGCCUGUAGAGUCAUCUGAUUGGGGGCUAGGGGAACCAGACGUAGGAUCCAAUGAAAAUUGUGUCCUCAUUGCAGAAAAACCCUCAAACAUGGGCCAUUGGGCAGAUGUGCAGUGCUCAAGGCUGGAACACUUUGUGUGUCAGAAAAGUUUGGGAGGAACCAUUUCUUCCAUCAUUGGCUGACACCUGGGAAGAUUGUUUUAAAACAUUUUGCGGAAAUAAACUAUGAUUUUAAUCAUUGCACAGUUGCAUUAAAAAUCAGUACAGUAAU